AUGGCUUCGCAGUUCAGAGAAACCUUUAAGUCCGAGUCACCAUCAAAUGACCUUGAAUUGGACAACACAGAGAUUAUUCCAACCCAAGUGUUUUUGGUGCCGUCUGGAGGAGACCAUUAUAACUCCCCAAGUCCUCAGCUCAACUUUCCCCCAAAUGACGAUGGCUCUUUGGCAAAGCAGGAGCUGCUAAGACUCUGGGAGAUGUUUACCUCCUGGCUGCAGCCAGAAAAACAGAGCAAGGAGCAGAUGAUUUCUCAACUGGUCUUGGAGCAGUUUCUCAUCACUGGGCACUACAAGGACAAGUUUGCCUUGAAAGAGAAAUGGGAAUCAAGUGGUAGAGACCUGGGGAGAUUCAUGGAGGAUCUGACUGAUGAGUGCUUGAAACCCCCUGUCAUGGUCCAUGUCUCCAUGCAGGGGCAGGAAGCCCUCUUUUCUGAGAAUAUGCCCUUAAAAGAAGUCAUCACAAUUUUAAGACAGCAGCAAUCAGCAACAUCUCCAACACAAGAGGAUGCAAGUACAACCCAACAAAUCCCCCAAGACAUGUCCUUGGGGACAGGACACGAGGACAGUGAAGAUAGCUGCAAAAUUCCCUGGAACACAAGCGGAGCAAGUGGCAGUGUCAGUAGUAUUGCACCUGUGAUGGACUCUCUUAUUAUCCAGCAAACACAGCCUCCUGAGCCUGAAGAGAGGGUUCUCUGUUAUGGAGCUCCUCAGGAUGUCAGAAGGUCAAGUCAGUGCACCUUCAGCUCACAGGAACAGUUCCUGUGGGUACCUUCUUCUGAAAAUGUCCUAAUGGAGGUACAACCAGUGUUUCUCUCCAGUAAUGCCCAGUCUGAGGACACUGGGGACGGCCAUACCACUUUCUGGGCCACUGCUGACAUUGUAAAUGGUGGCAUUAGCAGUACCAUAAAUGAGGGUAAUUCCAUUUUCAUUAUCCAGAGAGAGCAGUAUACUGAACCUCCUGAGGGAAGUGUUUCAUAUGGAGUCCCUCAGGAUUCUGGAAUAGCGAUUUAUGGUACCCACAGGUCUCUGUGGGCAUCUCCUUCUGAAGAUAGCCCUAUAAGGGUACCAGGAUUUCUCUCCAGGCCAGAGCAGCCUACUUAUGAGCCUGUCCCUUUUGGCCAGAAUCAUGAGGCAAACUCCACAUUUGUUGGUCACCAGGAGAGACUCAACAGAGACCCCAAAACAUACAAGUGUGAGGACUAUCCCGGAACCUUCAAAUAUCCCCAUAGCAUCUCAGUCCCGCAAAGAAAUCACAAGAAGGAAAGGUCAUUUUUCUGUCCCGAGUGCCAGAAAGGCUUUUAUCGAGCCUCAGAACUCCGAGUUCAUGAGGUCGUGCACAAGCCAGAGAAGCCUUUCACAUGCACCACAUGUAAGAGGUCCUUCCGGUACAAGACCAAUCUCCAGGCCCAUGAGAGGAUUCACACAGGAGAGAAGCCCUAUACCUGCUCCCUGUGUAGCCAUAGCUUCCGCCAGUCAUCCACAUACCACCGGCACCUGAGGAAUUACCACAGAUCAGCUAGCAGGGUGUCGGCCCCAUUGCCCCACCUGUACAUAAAGAAACAUAGCUUCUGA